AUGGCCAACCUCAUUCCAGCCGUUACUUUUAUCAUCGCCGCUAGCUUGAGGAUAGAGAGGGUGGGAUGGAGUACAUCGGCCGGGAAAGCAAAGGUGCUCGGGACUUUAAUAGGAAUAGGUGGGGCGAUGCUCUUCACGUUUUACAAAGGCCCGGAUUUAAACAUAGGCAGCACGGGAAUAAACUUGCUCGAGACAACCUCGACUCAUCAUCCGGUAGCAAACGGGCAAGCUCAUAAUCCACAAGGGGCUCACAAUCUCAUCUUGGGCUUACUAUUAGCCCUGGCUAGUUGUGUUUCCUAUUCUCUCUGGCUGAUCGUUCAGGCAAAGGCGGCCGAGAAAUAUCCGUGCCCUUACUCAUUCACGGCCAUGAUAAACUUGUGGGGUUCGAUUCAGAGCACGGCAUAUGCAUUGGGAACAGAGAGGGAUUGGGCCCAGUGGGCCUUGGGAUGGAAUAUCAGGCUUCUUGCCGUAGUUGUUGCGGGUGUUUUGGGUGCCGGGCUAAUGUUCACCUUGGUCGCAUGGUGCAUACGCAUGAGGGGCCCGCUCUUUGUGUCCACAUUCAACCCGUUAAUGCUCGUGAUGGUGGCCAUUGCUGGGGUCUUGUUCUUGCAAGAGAAGCUUUACCUCGGAAUGGUAUUUGGUAGCAUUUUGAUCAUACUUGGACUGUACAUGGUACUGUGGGGAAAAGGAAAGGAAGUAAAAAGGGCACAACAGAUAAUACCAGAAAACAUAGACAACAACAAUCGUCAAGUUCCGGAGUUGUCCUCAAUACACAGUGAUAACGACAGUAUUCAAAGAGUUAGCCACAGGAAGGAAAAGGGAGAGGAAGAAAUAGAUGAAAGGGAUGAACAAUCGCAACGGGGUUCUCAUGCUAGCUCUUCCGAGAUUUUAAGCAGUCUUUACAUUUACCCUUAG